CCGUCCUACCAACCAACAACGUCUACUAGCGAUGAUCAGAAUGGUGUCUAACGCGCAGCUAACCUGUGAGGAUCCAACGGAGCUCAAAAAGAUCCUUGCUCCAUACUUUGCUGGAUUCAAUCAAACCACCGAAGUUGCCGAUGCAGAAGGAUCAAUGCGUUUCAUGCAUCCACAGGGAGUAAUUGUGCAAAAGGACAAGGACUCAACGUUUGGAAAAAAGGCGCUCACAGAUCUCUUCAAAAGAUGGUAUGACUUCACUGGACCGUACUACUUUAACCGCUACGAUGAGAAAUACAGCGGAGGAGGUGACUGGAUUGUCGUCGAGGCAAAAAUGGAAUUGGUGAAAGUUGAAGGAAAAGAGGUGAUCCUUCGUGGAGAAGUGAUGCACAUUUGGAAGAAAGAAAACGACGAGUGGCUCAUGUUCUACGAGCAAUACCACGUUGACAACUAAAAACUUUUGGAAGCAAUUUUGAUUUCACAUGACUUUCUUAUCAAUACACGCUGAUAUCAGUUAUCACCCUGAAUUCUGAUCGAUGAAUAAACUUAUUUAUUU